UGGGGUGGCAAAAUGCAUAGGACCGGCCCUGGUUGGGGAUAUAGCUUUGGUUGAAGACUUUUAUUUAACUUAACCUCCACAUGUGAUGUCCGUGUGUCUUCACUCUGAGAAGGAAGUGCAACAGUGCAGUCUCUCUUUCAUUUCCUGGUAAAGGACUAGAAUAUGCAUUAUGUCAAAAGACAAGUGUGCGGCGCGUGGGAUGCGGUAUACGCCCACUGCGUGUCUUUGACUGACACCAAAUGACGCUAUAAGUCAGUCGCCAAACAUGGCGAGUUUAAGUGAGCACGGCAUUCGCCUGAGUUCCAUGAGUCCUUCAUUUCUCAACAGCAACUCUACAAGCCACACCUGGCCUUUCAGCGCGGUGGCAGAGUUAAUAGAUAAUGCGUCCGAUCCUGGUGUAUAUGCUAAGCAGAUCUGGAUUGAUGUGAUCGAUGAAGCCGGUCACCCCUGUUUAACAUUCAUGGAUAAUGGCAGCGGUAUGACCCCCAACAAACUGCACAAGAUGCUCAGUUUUGGUUUCACAGAAAAAGGCUCGGGUAAAGCCAGUCAGAAGGCCAUCGGCGUGUACGGAAAUGGUUUCAAGUCCGGCUCAAUGCGUCUGGGCCGCGAUGCUCUGAUCUUCACCAAAAACGGUGGCUGCCAGAGUGUGGGAAUGUUGUCCCAGACCUACCUGGAAAACAUCAAGGCCCAGGCUGUCAUCGUCCCCAUCGUCCCCUUCAACCAACAAACCAAGUCACUGGUGGUGACAGAGGACUCCGAGGCGAGCCUGGCAGCCAUCCUGCAGAACUCCAUCAUCAGCUCCCUGGAGCAGAUACACGCACACUUUGAUUCCAUGGCUUUCAAAAAAGGCACCAAGAUAUUCAUCUGGAACAUCCGCAGGACCACGGACGGAAAGACAGAGAUGGACUUUGACACUGAUGUGAGUGACCUCCGUUUGCCUGAGAUUCAGAUUGAGGAGAUGAAGAAGAGACUGAGGAACAGUGAGCCGAACUUCCCCGACAUGUUCUACAGUCUGCGGGCCUACCUCAGUAUUUUGUAUCUGAAGCCGAGGGCACAAAUCAUACUGAGGGGGAAGAAGAUUACCCCCAAGCUGGUGUUGAAGAGGCUGACGCACGCUGAGCAUGACGUGUACAAACCACAGUUCAGCAAAGAGAAGGUGAAAGUGACCUUUGGGCUGAAUCCCACAAAUAAUGACCAAUAUGGAAUCAUGAUGUACCACAAGAACCGACUCAUUAAAGCUUAUGAGAAAGUGGGAUGCCAGCUCAAGGCCUCUGGUCGACGAGCAGGAGUCGGAGUCAUCGGUAUCAUUGAGUGUAACUUUCUCAAACCUGCUCACAACAAGCAGGACUUUGAGUACACUAAAGAAUACAGACUCACACUCAGUGCUUUGGGCCUUAAACUCAAUGAGUACUGGAAGGAGUUGACAGAGAAGAAGGCCAGAGAGCGAGAGUUCCAUGCGGUAGACAGAGAUGAAGAUGAAGAUGAAGAUGACGCUGAUGGCGGGUGUCUGAAGUGGCGGAAUGUCCCUGCAGGACAUUACAGUGUUUCCCCUGAAAGCUGGUACUGCAGCCAGAACCCCAAUCCACGUUACAGAAGUUGCUCUUUUCCCGAAGAGGCAGAACAGAGCGAGGAGCUGCUAACACCCAGCUACCAGAAAAAACACAAGAAACAAGAGCAUCUUCUCAAGGGCAGAAAACGAGAGAAUUCACUUGAGGUGUGUGCCUUUCAGGACCAAGCGGUCCUGAAACAUCAAAUCCUCAGUCGUAGCACAUCAGAGCCGAUUCAGCACACCUUCCAGUCCAGCUGCUCACCACCGAGAUGCCACGUGGAAGAAAACACGCUUGAACACGGUCAGACAAACACAGGCAAUCGCCCUGCAGGUCGACGCACAGACACACACGCAAAUGGUGAGGAAAAAAACACACAACAGAAAGCCGCGGGAAGACACGCGGUCUUUAAGGACAGGACACGCACCGCACAUGAGACAGGCACAAGUGAAGACACAGACGUGGAGCCAGUGGAGAGACGAGAAGAGAGCACCGAUGCAUUAAGCCACAGAGAGAAAGCAGCGUUUUUAUGUAACAGUGUGAAAAAGAAGCUGUGCCGUUUGGAGGAGCGACAGCCUGACUCAGAGAAUAUGGCCGAAGAAAUGGAUCCUCACCAACAAACAAAAGUGCCUGAGCCUAGUGGAAAAGCCAGGUGGUGGAGCACAGGUAAUACCCACCCACCUCAUCUUGUCCCACUCGUUCACCUCCGCCCAGAAUGUGACGCUCCUUCCACUGAAUCAAGCAGAAGAACCUCGGAGCACAACGCUGCCACUCACAGGGAGCGACCGGGAGGCUGAAGUACAGAAACAGAAACUGGCUGAUUUAGAGAAACAGGUUCAGGGUCUUCGGAGGCUUCUAGGUGUAGAAGU